AUGAGCCAGCCAGUGAACAAGGGACAGAUGCCGUAUUCAGUCUGCCCGUCUUACAGAGCCCCCCCCGGAGUUCAGAGUUCAGAGUUCAGAGUCCCGCCGAACACACCUUGCCUGGUGCCACUCGUCAUAUCCCAUCACGCAACAAGAAUGGUUCUAAACAGAACUGAGCUGCGCCAAACGAACAUACCCAGAAUAUCCCCACUCCAAAGCGCCGGAUGCGCUCAACUCCCCUCCUCAGUCCCCCCUCCUACCGACGCCGCCGCCGCCGCCUCCUUUUUCCUUGGUUCGGUCACUUCGUCCUUAGUGUUCAGUAGUCUCCGUCGUCUCUGCGCCGCACAUUCCAGCCCGGCUGUCACCACUGCAACACUACGACACUGCAACACUACGACACUGCAACACUGCAAAAAAACCUACUUACUGAGCUGUCAGCAAGAGCCAAGACCUCGAGUCUACGCGCCGUCGCCGGGUAUUCUUCCAAGUCUGCGCGCCGACGCCGCCCACGCCCACACCCAGUCGCCCGCAGCCGCCGCCGCCUCUUCAUACUCUUCCUCCUCCCCUCCUAGAGAACGCUCAGGCAGUUCUCGCAGAGGAACUCGUACAUCUGCUGCCCCUGAAGUGUCAAGUCAAUCGUGGCCCCUUGUCGAGUCCUGUUUCAUCAGGGAACUCCGCACUUGCAAAGUCGUCUUCGCCAGCGUUGCCAGCGACGAUUCCACGCAGAAACCACACGGCCUUCCUUCCCAAGCUCUUCGACUCUGCCCUGACCGCCGCUGCUGGCCACCGGACUUUGGCUGUACUUUGCUCAGCUGCCGUCUGAAUACCUCGCAUACGUCCUCAGUCCCCUUCAGCUAGGAGCAGUUGAA